CUCGUCCUGGCCUCGUCCUGGCCUCGUCCUGGGGCCUGCUCGUCCGUCCGUUUCCGAUAUAAUCCUCGGCCCUAACACGUUCCUGCUCCUGUCGUCUCGACUGUCUCCGUCACCUGCUAUAAAUGUCGCCUUUUCCCGCUGUCUCGCCCUCGAUCAUGCUAUCGCCACCAAUGUCGCCCAGCUCCUCUGCCACCCUCCAUCCUGUGCUGUACUCGCCCAGGCUCAGGCUUGUGCCUGUGGUCGAGACUGCUGCCCCGUUCUCGUCGUGGUUGGCCGAUGCCGUCACGCCCAGCGCCGCAAGCUCGCCCGUGUCGCUGUCGGCUUCCUGGCCACCGGGAUCGUUCAAGCCGUGCGAGAUUCCCGACUGCAAGCUGUGGUCGAUCGAGUUCCUGACAGAAACCCCCGACCUCGCGCCUUACAGCCCCAGCAUUGCCAUUCCCGGCAGUUACUCGACAAUGAUCGUCUCGGACCUGGCCGAUCGCUCGCUCAGCCCGAAUUACAUCGGCGCCGUUCAGGUCAGCCAGUCCGCCGACCCGUCCACCGCUCGCCUGGAUGUGUACAUCUCUCCCAGCGAAGCCAACAACGGAUACGGCACCGAGGCCGUCAAGCGGCUCUUGAACUUCCUCUUUGGGCUUCACCCCAGCAGCACCAAGCCCAGCGUGCACUCGGUGCUCUGCUUUUUCCCCGACAGCAGCCCCGCCGCAAGUCGCGUCAUGGAGAAGCUGGGCUUUGAGGCUGCCGAUCACUUCCAGAUCGCCGAGGACGGCACCAACCUCCGCUGCUACCGCAUCACCGUCAACCAGUUCACCGAGCGGUGGCAUGCUUAGUCAUGGCCUCGCACUCGCUGGCCUGUCUUGGGCUUGGGCCGCUGGGAGCUCGCCAAGGUCCUGCCAAGGUUCUGUCGAGGUCCUGCCAAGGCCCUUUCCCGCAACGCUCUCCCAACAUCACUCUCCACUCCAGCUCGGUUUCUCAUUCGUUCUGCCGGCUUUGGCGCAAACCGCCCCUCCCACCUCUCCGGUGGC